AUCGACUCUCUGGGUCGGACGUUUCCUCUGAGCAGCAGAGACGUGAGCAGAAGACAUCCGGUUCAGGGCAGUUUAAAGACGCGUCCACGGAGACGGACUCUGAUGUGUCCCACAGUCAGCCGUCACAUCUUCACCCAACAGCGAUGGUGGAGAAGGGCACCUCCACGCUGAUGGAAGCAGAGACUCCCGGGGAGCAGUGUGUGCUGCCACCUAGUGGCCGGGAGGUCCUGUCGUCAAAAGACUCAGAAGCUGGGAGUGAAAACAACGACAGCAAGAAAGAGCUGAACGAUAAAUCACUCAAUUCAGACACGAGAAGAACUUUUCCGAGCCUGAGGACGACAAUAAAAACGCACAAUAGGAAAAACACAACAACAGACAGCAGUCCCACUACAGGACAGAGCUGCUGCAGAGUGUGUGGAAAGUUCUUCCGCUACAAGCGCUCUUUCCUGAAACACGUUCUCCAGCACGAGCACAGCACCGAGCAGUGUGGAGUCUGUGGCAGACGCCUGGAGGCCGACGACAGCCUCAGGCUUCAUUUACAAACCCACAGAGAGGAGAACAUCUGCAGAGUCCAAGCAGGCGACAAACUGUCGGAGGCAGACGCCGAGAGCAACGUGGGCGACAGUGACGAGGACUGGAAGGACAGCGGAGGAAGUGACAGCGAGGACGUGGACAGCGAUAAAGACGAGACCAAAAAACGAGGGACGCAAUCAAAAAGUCACGCGUCAAACAAACCCAAGAAACCGAGGUACCAGGAUUUACCUCACGUGAAAUACUGCUGCAAAGUGUGCGGCCGGUCCUUCUGCUACAGAGCCUCUUUCCUGAAGCACGUGCAGGAAGACGAGACGGACACGGACCUCUGUGGCGUCUGUGGGAAACGGUUUGCGACUCAGGAGAACCUGAGGCUUCAUCUGCAGACGUACAUCAGAUCCAACGACUGUGAGGUGUGUGGCAAACACUUUGACGGCCACCAGCAGCUGGAGAUGCACAUGAGAACCCACACGGGGGAGAAGCCGUACGUCUGCAGCGUGUGCGGCAAAGCCUUCGCUCAGAACGGGAACCUGAUGGGUCACAUGAGGAGGCACACGGGCGAGAGGCCCUACGUCUGCAGCGUGUGCGCUCAGGGCUUCAGCUCCAAAGAGAGCAUGAGGGACCACGUGAGAAUCCACACCGGGGAGAAACCGUUUCUCUGCAGCAUCUGCGGGAAAGGAUUCCGACAGAGGGGCACCCUGAAGACGCACAUGAUGAUCCACACGGGCGACUUCCCGCACCGAUGCAUCAUCUGCGACAAGAAGUUCUUCAAGAGCGGCGGGCUGAAGAUCCACAUGAGGUCGCACACGGGGGAGAAGCCGUUCCUCUGCAACGUCUGUGGGAAAAGCUUCACGGCGAACAGCUCGCUCAGCAAACACAUGGGCGUGCACGAGAGAGAGAGAGCGCACGGCUGCAGAGUGAGAGACAGACGGUCCUCGAGGGACGAGGACAUGAAAAGACAAGUUCAGACUCACGGGGAUGAAGCUGCGCAGAGGACGAGUCUUUAACGCUGAAUCAUGGACAGACAGAAUAUAUAUAUUAUUGGUUUAAAGAUUCUGUUUCCCAUCUUUCCACCUUCUUAUAAAUGUCCGUGCAAUGUCACAGGCUCAGUUUGAUUUAUAAUCAUGGAACAGCUUUUAUCAUAUUUGUAUUUUACAUAUAAUCUUUCAACAGUUUAUUAUUUAAAAUAAUAAAUAAAUGCAGGAAACUCUUUGAGGUCUUUAACGAUUUUUUAGAUUCAACAAUGUCCCUCAGCUGUUUCCACACUUCAGCGAAGACCCAACAGAACCUGUUACGUGAUGAAAACACAUUUAAAUUCUCCAGAUCCAGAUGAGAUAUCUUAAGGUCGUUAAAAGUAAUCGGAUACAUAAUGUGAUCAUUUAGUUACCUUCACACUUUCUUUGAUACCUUCGCUGUUGAGGUUUGUCCUCGGUGAAAAACCUGUAAAACGAUGAACAGGGAGAAACCAGACAGACUCACACACGUGUAGUUUAAACACAAUUUAUUUUUCUGCUUAAAUAAUUACUUGGAUCAUCCAGUGUAAGCUAUGUCGGUUCAUCAUACAUGUCGGUACCGGAGUUAUCAUCAACAAUGGAUUCUUACGGUGGCUUUGUAUGAAAAAAAAGACAAAAUGGAAAAAUAAAGUAAAACAGAUUUACAGAAGAACAGAAAAUCCGAUAUUUUUAAAUGUUUGAUCAACACUGAUUUAUUUUGUGGUGAUUUUUAGUCGUUAAUAAAAAGGAUCAGCUGCGAGUGACGGGGUUAAAAAAAAUGCAAUUCUCUGUUCUAGUGUAAAAGGAAAUAAAGAUAGAAAUCAUCAAACCUUCAAAAUAAAACAGUCCCCUUGUUAAAAAAACCACAGCAGACGUAAAAGCCGACACUUCUAGUUUGAUAGACGAGACACAGGAAGAGGUUUUAUUUAAUGUC